GGGAUCCGGAACUUGGUUUUGCAGCUUCCGGCCAGCUCAGUAUAGUCUUGAGCGAGCAGGAUACCGAAUCUGUAGGUGUUGAUCGUCCAAGAAGAUGGUGCUUCUAACGAUGAUUGCGCGGGUGGCUGAUGGGCUUCCUUUAGCUGCUUCUAUGCAGGAAGAUGAACAGUCAGGUCGAGAUUUGCAGCAGUAUCAGAGCCAGGCCAAGCAAUUGUUUCGGAAACUCAAUGAACAGUCUCCUACCAGAUGCACAUUAGAAGCUGGACCAAUGACUUUUCAUUACAUUAUUGAAAAAGGAGUUUGUUAUCUGAUACUAUGUGAAGCUGCUUUCCCCAAAAAAAUGGCUUUUGCAUAUCUGGAAGAUUUGCACUCAGAAUUUGAUGAACAACAUGGGAAAAAGGUGCCAACGGUGUCCAGACCCUAUUCUUUCAUUGAGUUUGAUACCUAUAUCCAGAAAACCAAGAAGCUGUAUAUAGAUAGCCGUGCAAGAAGAAAUCUUGGGUCUAUUAAUACAGAGUUACAAGAUGUACAAAGAAUCAUGGUAGCCAACAUUGAAGAAGUCUUACAACGAGGCGAAACUCUUUCAGCAUUGGAUUCCAAAGCAAACAAUCUGUCCAGUUUGUCCAAGAAAUACCGCCAGGAUGCGAAAUAUCUGAACAUGCGUUCCACCUAUGCCAAGCUUGCUGCUAUUGCUGUCUUUUUUAUUAUGCUGAUUGUCUAUGUGCGGUUCUGGUGGCUAUAAGAGAUUAAUAGGCCCCCGAGGGAUAUUUAAUAGUAGAAAGCAUAUCACUGUUAAGUAGCUAAUAUCACAGGAUGUAUAUUAGAAUCUGCCUGGAGAUUUCCUUAUAAUGAGAAUUCCUGCUAUUUCCAAAUGUCAGAACUUGCUGGGACUAAUGAUUUUCUUUUGUAGCAGUUAUAUGCUUGGAAGACAAAACAUUUUUCCAGUUAACAGAUAGGAGUAGCCUAAUUUGAUCCACCUACUACUAUUCAACACUAUUGUUAAAAGAUAUACUAAAAUAAGUGCAGCCCUGGUAGGGGAUUCUAAUGGACAUUCUAGAGUGUGUGAUUCCUGUUUCAAGGGUGGCACAUGUGUGCAUAUGUGUUUAAAUAACACAUACUGAUUUUUUUAGUUUGUCCAAUCAAUGCUAAUUUUAUAUUGUCAAAUGUCUUGACUCGUUACCCUGUUAAUUUAGUAACUGCAUAAAAAUAUUGCUUCACCUAGCUUCUAUGACUGGUAAGUGAAAUGGGGAAAUAAUCUGAGUUCACUUCACUGUAAAUAUUUGAAUAUCAUGCUAAACUGUAGCUGUGUGUGUUCUGACUAAGCUACAGCAGUCACUGUUAAACAUAUUUCUAUAUAACUGCAGAAAUACUUCAGCUCUUAUUUCUGAUUAUGGAUUGUCAUACCAUCUAAACCAAAUUAGAUUUAAUUUUAUUUUAAAGCAUCCAGUUUCAAAAGCAGAAGCUUUUGGAGAAUUCCUCAUGACUAAGUAAGGGAAGAGAAGAAUGGAAGGUCCUCAGCACCAAGAUUCACCAAGAUUUGUUUACUCUGUGGCUUAAUUCAGAUGUGAUCUUUCUCAUCUUACAUUGAGUUGCCAAGUGCCCUCACAAAUAUUGUUUCAAUCUAUAAGAUCAUCGACUACCUGAAUAUUCCUCCUUGCAAACUUACAGUAAAAGACUUCUUCCUGA